UCGACUGUCAAGUGUACAGCUGACUUACACUGACCUGAUGGACAUACUUACACGAUGACUUCUACAAUUUAAGUGCUUUAAAGUAGGAGUUGGUGUCUCAAACUGCCCUGCGCGCUGUUGUCAAAUAUGUUUGUUCAAUUUCAUGCGAAUAGAGCUCCUUUUUUCACGUUAUUUUAUCGGUUAUUCCGCUUAUAAACCAGCGCGUGCCGUUCCUGGAUAGCUAGGAAACGCUUCUUCAAAACAAAAUGACUCUUCCAGCUUUGCACAACACCGGUGUGCUCUACAGGCGGAUUUUAUCACAGUUUCCUCAGGACAUCAGUCUAGCUUUUGCCUAUGGAUCUGGCGUUUUCAAACAACACGGGACCAGCCAAGGUCAAAUGGAGAAAAACAUGUUGGACUUUGUGUUUGCGGUGGAUGACCCUGUGACGUGGCACACGAUGAAUCUUCUGCAGAAUCGCCGGCACUACUCCAUCCUCAAACUUCUUGGGCCAACGAUGAUAAGCUCUGUACAAAAUGACCAUGGCGCUUCAGUGUACUACAACACACUGGUGCCAGUGGAUGGGAGGAUUAUCAAAUAUGGUGUGAUCAGUACAGAGUCUCUGAUAAAUGACCUGAUGCACUGGAAGACCCUGUAUGUGGCAGGACGUCUACACAAACCGGUGAAAAUGCUGGUGCAAAGUGAAAAUGGAAAGCUCCGGGCUGCUCUUGUUGCCAACCUGAAGAGUGCCGUGACAGCCUCCUUCCUCAUGCUGCCUGAGAGUUUCUCUGAGGAAGAUUUGUUUUUACAGAUAGCUGGGCUUUCUUAUGCAGGAGAUUUCAGAAUGGUAAUUGGAGAAGAUAAAUCCAAGGUGGCAAACAUUGUCAAAGACAACAUCCAGCACUUCCGAAUUCUGUACAGCAACAUCCUGCGGGACUGCCCACAAGUGGUCUACAAGCCCCAACAAGGAAAACUGGAGGUGGAUAAAAGCCCAGAGGGUCAGUUUAUCCAGCUGAUGGCGUUACCUCGAACCCUCCAGCAGAAGAUCACAAAGCUGGUUGACCCUCCUGGGAAAAACCGAGAUGUUGAGGAGAUCCUUCUGCAGGUCGCCCAGGACCCAGACUGCGGAGCUGUCGUACAACAAGGUAUUUCAUCUAUUGUGAAAUCAUCCAGUAUAACACAGAGCAUCAAAGGCAUUGCUACAGCUGGAGUUUGGAAGACGGUGUCAUACAGCUCCAAGAAACUGUUGAAGAUGUGGAAGGGUUGGAGGAGGAAGCCGUCUGUGUCACAGAUGUCCUGAUCCUCUCUGUCUGCCAGGAGGAGCCUGUCUUUUUCUAUGAGCAUCAUCCAGACAAUCAGCGUCCAUCCUUUGAUUUUUACCCUGAAACAAAAUGUGCCUGGUGAACAGUUGCACACAUCCACCUCUGGUUGUAUCACAGCACAGUCUCCAUUAAUGACAUCACUAACCAGGUUUAAGGCUGUGUUUGAGUAUCGUAGAACUGUUCGCACCGCUGCCCUUUAUCAUGCAACUCAUAGAGGUGGUGGAAAGGGGUGUGACAUUUCACGAGCUGGACUAAAUUAUGGCUGACAUUUAAUGGUACUACACAGCGGGCCUUUCUGGGUAAUGACUACAGAGACUGUCGAGGAACUGUUGGACAUGUCUGGAGGCAGGGCACAAAAUCACUGCAAGGGCCAGAAUAAUGAGGGACAGACUUUGAUGUUGUCUGCCGUAUUUUGAAAUGUUCAGGUGUGACUGUGCAUUUUCUGUGUAAAUGCUGCUACCUCAAGAGAAAGAGGUCUUUAUGCAGCUGUGUGGACUGGUGUUACAUGUUGCACAAAUACACUUCAUAUUUGCUCUCAUGUUGCCAAAAAUGUCAUAUCUUUCAUCUUGAGUUUUAAAGGCCUUUGCACACUGAGUCCAUUUGUUUGGAUGGUUUUUCAGAUCCAUGAUACGGGAACACCGUUGUACAAAGGCCCUAACUGUAUGUCAAAUUGUUAUCCCAUAUUUGUGUUGGUAUUUCUUGUCUUAUGGAUAUGAAAAAAUGCACGCUACUAUUAACAUGUUCUUCAUCUCAACAUUAGGUGCAACUCAUAUUCACAGUUGGAGAUUGUGGAUCAUUUUUCCCCACAAAUGCUUGAUGUAAUUAAAAGAAGU